AUGCGCUUCUUCAACUUCAACAAGCGAGACUCUUCUCACAAGCAUUCCAGAAGGGAUCGCACUAUCCCUUCCCCCAAGCCAGUCUACAACUCUCACUUGGCCAAAAGGCAGUCCUCCAAGAUCGGGGAGCAAAAGGUCCGUCCCCAGGCCUGGGUCGAUACACCUCAGAUCGUGUACUCGGCUUGGAACCAGGCUGCGGGUGAUAUCGAUCAGCCACUUGGAACUCUGCCCUCCAACUUCUCUAUCGCUCUUGUUGGCGGUGGCAUCACCAACGUUGUUCUGGCUUUCAACCUCGUGAAGGCCGGUGCUGAUGUCACUUUAAUUGAAGCCACGGAUGAUAUUGGCGGUCGUCUCCGUACCAUUCAGACCCCUGAUGGAGUCAACGUCGCUGAGAUGGGAGCGAUGCGUUUCCCCCCUUCUGAAGAUCUUCUCUACUACUACGCCAAUCAGUUCAACUACACCUUCAUUCAGAACUUUCCUGAUCCAGGCAAAGUCCCCACUGUGGUGUUCUACCAAGAGACUCCUACCUCUUGGAUCAGCCAGAACGUCACUGUCAAAGGCUUCGAGAAGGUCAGCAACGGUUGGGGUUCCCUGAUCUCCAAGGGAUUGACCGGCGGUUCUCAGUCCAUCACUGCAGCCACGCAGCUCACCAAGUGGCUCAGUUCAUCUGACGUCGACACGCGCAACCAAGUCAUCCCGGAAUGGCAAAAGUACCUCGAUGAGUUUGGCAACGACAGUUUCUACACUGCUCUCCAGCGCAUCUUUGGCGAGAAGCACGAGUGGGAUGUUCCGGGUGGUCAGGUCUGGACCGAAGAUGACUUUGAGCGCUUCGGUACCCUCGGCGUUGGUUCAGGCGGCUUUGGCGCCGUCUACUCUGCUGGCUUCAACUCCAUCUUUCGUCUUAUCGUCAAUGGUCUCGAGUCAGACCAGGCUAUCUUUGCAAAGAUGACUGAUGAUGGUCUUCAAGCGACUGGCAUCAGGGAGCUGGCCAACGCCAUUUGGCAGAAGGCUACUGAUCUCGGCCUAAAGACCAAGUUUGACACUGUUGCCAAGAUCACCAGCGGUGGUGGCGGCGAUAUUGACUAUGUUGUUAUCCAGGAGACUCCGUCUUCUGAUAAUGGUAACUCUACCGGUGACCAGUCCCAGUCCCAGUAUGACUUUGCUGUAGUUGGCACCUCGAGCCGAGCCAUGAACUUUGCCUUUGCAGAUGUCUCGGACACGACCAAUGAGCCUAUCAUGUCAACUGCUGUCAAUCGUGGCAUUACCGACCUCCACAUGACUGCCUCCUCUAAGCUCUUCAUUCGUACAAAGAAGUUCUGGAGUGACCAGCCUGCUGAUUUCCCUCGUGUCAUUCUGUCUGACACAGACCUUCCCCAGGCUUACACCUUCGACUACGGGCACCCGGACUACGGCAUGGUCCUUCUCACAUAUGCUUGGGAGGAUCUUUCCCAGACUAUUUUGGCCAUUCAAGAUCCUCACAAGCUGCUCUCUAUCCUCAAAGAGCAGAUCGCCCGUAUCAUGCGAAAAAGCAGCUAUCCCAACUAUGCCGACUUUCUCGACCCCGUCACGGAUGAUGAUGUCUACCUCGUCCACUGGCCCCUCGAUCAGUACUCCUACGGUGCAUUCUCCCUCGGUCUUCCAGGACAGGACAAGCUCAUCUCGUCUAUGUUCUAUGACUACCAGAAGCUCAACGACACUUCGAGCUCUCGAGUCUUGAUCAACAGUGACUGCACGUCAUUCCUCGGAGGCUGGGUUGAUGGUGGCCUGCAGCCAGCGCACAACUCAAUGGCUGCGAUCUUUGAGCGCUUUGGCUCAUUGAACCCUGCUGCGGCUGACUUUGCGCCUUCUGCGCUCUUGGGUGCUAGCCCUUACCAAUACUGA